CCCGCAGGAUCAGAUCGCCUCCGACAACAAGAUCUCGAGCGCCACCCUCCACAUGAGCCUGGCGCGGGCCGACCAGGCCGCGCCAGAGCUCACCGGCGCGGACAAGGACCAGCUCAUCGCCACCCUGAGGCUGAAGCUCGAUAAGCCCAACGGCACGAGUGGCGUCGCUGAGCUCGCGCCGGCCGCCGCUGACGACAAGGUGUUCUUCUCGCAGCAGCGCCCCGCGAAGGCCGUCAAAUACACCACCAACGAAGAGUACACCGAGGUGGCGCCUGCGGAGGCCGAGGAGCCCGAGGGCGAGGGCGGCGGGGUGCUGCAGCUGGACGAGGAGCGGUCGGCGGAGCUCGCCCUCCGCGAGGAGCCGGGCGAGGAGUCCCAG